UUACAGGGGAGGUGUAAAAAUACUCUCCGCUGCUCUUACAUCAGUGCUCGACGGGAUAUUUUUGGGAGCUUCUCCCAUUCGCCUCGGAGCGGUUACUGGGUGUCUGUCACAUCCAAGCUCUGGAUUGUCGCCUCAGUGCAGCGCAGAGACACGCAGCGUCCUGAGGGCUCUGCAUGUAAACAUGUACAAGCAGCAGUGAGGAGAGAUUUGAAAGACACAUAGGACGCACCGUGGGGACUCUGGCACCAGAAUGACGGCUUGACCGAGUCUCCGUUUGGACAUGGAGGGGACCAAAGCGUCCAGUCCGGUUCGCACAGCGGUGACUGCUGCCCUUGGUGCUGCUGUGUGGCCGGCGGGGGACCUGGCUGGGUUUGGAUAACUGGCGCUUUUAUUAUGCCGCUGGUCACCACAACAGUUUGAGUUGAUGGGAAACUAUGUUAAACUGUAUCAGAGAUUAUUCCAGUGUUCGCUUUACAGAGCAGACAUGGAUACUUACAAAAUAGCUUGGUGAUCAGCUUCUACUAAUUAGUCCAGUUAAGUUUCUGUUUUAAGUUUUAUGUUUUAAUGCACUUGGGAAAUGUGGAGUGCGUUUAUGAACGGCUCGGGGCUGCACGCUGGGGGCGGUGCCGGUGGGGGAUACGUGCCGUCUCAGGGAUGGGAGUUUGUGCCGUGCACCAGGAUGGAGAGGGCAGAUAGAGGAAGGGGCAAAAGCCGCAGCCCGCUGAGGAGGAUCUCCUCUCCACCCACCGUCUUCAGUCAGACCUACGAGCCCCAGUUCGGUGCUUCCCCGGGUGGAGGAGAGGGUGGAGCAGGGACGCAGCUUGAGAUCCUCAGGGGACAAAUGUGGCCCGGACCCGAACCCCAGCAGCAGCAGCACCAGCAGCAAACACAGCACAUUCGGCUAAAAAAGAAGUUUGAAGAUUUGAAAAAGCGACACGUACAGGACAAGGAGGAAUGGAUGCGAGAGAAGGAGUCAUUGUUGAGAGAAGUGGCUGACAUACAAGGAGGGGAGAACAGGAGGAUUCUGUUGGACCUGAAGACGGUUUUGGACGAAGUGCAGGCGGAGGUGAAGAGAGAGGAGGAGAAGAGGAGCGAGCUCCAGCUGCAGUAUACCAGAGACAGAUGUGCCUGGGAGCUGGAGAAAGCUGAGCUCAAAUGCAGGAUUGCGCAGUUGGAGGGUAGAGAAGCUACCGGGUUGGCCAGUGGAGGGGUGCAGUCAGCAGCAGGAUCCGGCUCUGUGGCAUCGCGGAGUCCUCGGGAGCAGACCGGCGAGACCUCGACGCUCCGCAAGGAGAGGGAAGAGCAGCGGAGGAUCCUGGCUGACACACAUUCAGCAGCCAUGGACCUGCGCUGCCGGCUGGAGCACAAUGAGCGGGACUGGUUGAGGGAGAAAGCCGAGCUGCUGGAAAGAUUCAAUGUGGAGAGAAGAGAGUGGGAGAGCCAGCUGAAGGAUAUGCAGAAGAAAAUAGAGGAGCUGUAUUGUGAGGUGAAAACCAAGCGUGGGGGGACCGAGCGGGACGGCAGGAGGCAGGAUGACGAUGACGUUGUGAACAGGCUCAGCAUACGUUCCACCAGCACAGGCUCCAGUCUGCUCAGUGACAGCAGUCAAUCAGAACCGACCAGACAUCCACCUGUGCCUGGCUUUGGUCACAACAGAGACAUCAGUGGCAAUGGGGGUUGUCGUAACAGAGACAGUCAGCAGUCCACCUGUUUCCAGGCGGAUGGCUUCAGUGAAUUUAAUGUUGGUAGUCAGUUCACUCAUAGUGAACAUCCACAACCUGAGCUUGUUAAUGAACUGAGAUCCAGAGGAACUUGGCUUCAAGACUCCGUCAGUGAUUGUAAGGAAGCUGUGGAUACAACAGAGCUGGAUGCUAUUUUUCACGGAGCUCCUGGAUGUGGAGUAGCACAGGAAUACACCUCUAAAGGAAAUGAAACAAGCGUCCACGCUAAUCCUCAAGAAAGUCCUGUCUGGGCAGGACUGAGUUACGGCAGUGACAAGAAGAAGAACACCACUGCUCUCAAUGCUGCUCUGAAGGAGAUAGCUCGUGUAAGUGAAGAGCUUUGUAGCUACCAGGAUGAGAUCAGAAAGAAGAGUGGAGAUAAGAGGAAUCGAUCAGAAUCCCUGUGCCUACCUGGGGAUAGUGAGAUUCUCUUUGGCCAAGAUAAAACCUGCCCAGAGGUAGAUGAAGCUCCUUGUGACCUCAGCCAGAUCUACGAUGACCUUCGGGCCUUGGAGAGAGAAAACUGGAUCACCUUGUCACCAGAUAACACCUGGCAGGCCAACAGAGGGCCAAGGGAGAGCAGGACAGCAAGCACUGCUGAUCCAGAUAGCUACAGAGGCGCACAGACAAGCCCUGGAGUACACUCUGAAACGGAUACAGCAGCCCCACCCAUCCCUCCCCGCACCUCCUCCUGGAAUCUGAGCUCUCAUCAAGAAACAGAACUCCACAUCCCAGAAUCCCCCAUGGCGACUGUGAGGAAGUGCCACAGCCCCUGUGUUCUGGUGGACAGAAAGUGCAGCAGCCCAUCCAUUGUCAGGAAGUUUGAAGCUAUGCUGCAAGAAAACGAAGGCAAAGUUUUCAUAGAUGGAGUGAUGGCAUCAUGCUCUGUACCUGCUAACUCUAACUGUAAUACAGGCUGCUGCCACAGUCGCUGGUCCUGUGAUGCAAGCAAGUUCACUAACAGUAAGUUAUCUACAUAUGGGACUGUCCAGAAAAGCUUCUCUGAAGUCAACAUACUGAGUGCUGCGAAAGACUUGCGCUCAGAUUACAGACCUGGCGUGAACUUAAAAAGCCCUGAGCUACAAAUACCUUCAAUUGUCAGAGACUUACCUGUUGAUUUGCUGUUGUCCUCUCUGGAAAUAACACCUGUCAGCCCUAAACUCCAGGGCUCCAAGAGAAACAUAAUGCUGGAACAAAAAACAGCAGAGUUCAACAGAACUUUGUUUCAGGCUGAGAUGGGCCGUGGCGUAGAGGAGCAAAACACUUUUACUGUAACAGACACCAGCUCUGUGGGUUGCCAACCAAUCCUGACAGCAUCAGAUGAAGGUUUUUCUCCCAAAGACAUUAAAUUUCAGCAACAUUGUACUGAUGUCAGCACUAACAUCAUGGAUUCACAUCCUGAGGUGACAUUACCACUCUCCAUCUCAGAACCCAUAACACAGAACAGUGAGGUCCAGUUGAGGCGAAUGAGAUGUGCUCCUGAAGCCCAAGACGUCAGGAUAAAGCAAGGACCCCCUCCUGUCUUUUCACCUGACCAGCCGCAGGCUGAACUCAGGGAGACCUCUCAGAAUGCUGUACUCCAUUGUGAGGUCAAACACAAAGUUCGAACAGCAAGCAGUCCUUCCAGAAAAACACAACCCAAAGCAGCCACAGAGGCUUUUUUUUCUGAGUCUGUCUUGCCUGCAAAUACCCAGCCAGGUCAGCCUGCUGAUGAUUCCAGCUCUAAGAAAGAGGAUCCCCAUGGAGCAAAGCCUCAGACAGCCAGAGCUGAUGUCUCACUCCAACAGUUGUCUGCUGAGAACAAACAAAGACAGAUGACACAGCCAAGACAUGUGUCUGACUCCUCCAGACCUGGACCUCGAAUGAUGAAUGACCAUCCCUGGAAGCCCCUCACUCUUGCUGCAUACCCACGUCCUGAGGGAUCCAGGUCCAACUAUGGGGCAGUGGAAAGGAUCCUAAAAAAUUACGAGAGUGCAGCUCGAGCACAACAGAGCCACAGCCAACUGAACGAGGUGGCUUCAAGCCCUAACUUCAAUGUUAGGCAGGAGGAGAAUGUCACAGAACUGGACAUGCUGGACAUGGAGCCUCUGCCUUUACCUGCUACUCUGAGACACACACAGAUGUCACACACUGCACAGACACACACCACACAUGCACAGCUCAGCAGCCACAGUGGCAUGGGUGUGAAAGAGAUACAGCUUAUAGUGCAGGAACAUGACGAGCCUUCUGUCUCUUCCUCCUCCGUCCAGAAGAACUUUUCGAGGCCUGCUCGUCCAGCCAACCGUCGCCUCCCCUCCCGCUGGGCCAGCCGCUCCCCGACUUCGUCCACCUCCUCCUCUCCUUCCUCCACCCCUGUGGGGCCUCCAGCCUUCCCCCUCCUGAAACACAGCUCCUCCUUUACCUACUCACACGCCUUUCACAUAGAGACGGUCAUCAUUUGAUCUCCAUUACACUGUGUGUUUGAACCAACCAGAAGCCUUCAGUGACAACAUCUGAACUUGGAACCUUCCUUUUUUCCCUCUUUAUACUGUUGUAUAUACCAAAUCCAGACUGCUUCUCCACUACUACAGACUCAGAAGUGCUUUAGCUGUGAGUUCAACUCACUCUUAGAAUGUACGUGGCAUCCCGUGGAGCCUAACUGACCAAGAAAGGCAAGUAAAGGACCUGAAACAACAUCAGUUAUUCAGCAGUACGCUCUGAGUAACCUGCCUGGAAUCAUGCAUAGCAUCAGAGGACAGUGAAAACAUGACUUUCCAAAGAAUGACCUCAGCCAGUGUGUCAUUCAUUCAUGCCAACCAUCUGAAUGGAUAUCCUAUGCUCAGGUCUGGAUUCUAGCUUUGACUAGUGUAGCCUUGUAUAUCUACCAACAAAAGGACCCUUCACUACUCCCUCUGUCCUGUACUUACUUCAAGUCGAUGCUAGUUCAUGUAAAAAUGAUCUACAAACUUUCAGCCAAGUGAAAACCAGACUGAUGUAUUUACGAUGUACUUUAUUUUGUAUUUUGCGUGCAACAUAUUUGUGUGCUUUUUGCACAAAGUGUGAUGUUACAUACUCAAGAUGCAGCAUCGCAUUGUAUACAGAGAUAAAGACAGCGGAGCAAAGAUUUCCUCGCGUUAUUUUCUCAGUGUGCUGAAUAAAGCAGUGUCGGUUUUCUGCCUUCUCGAAUAUCACCCACAGUACAUGCCUGGACUGUACCUUGCCUGUGACUAAAAAAUUUUUGCAUUACCCUCAUGUUUGGCUUUACAUUUUUCAUAAUUAAGCAAAAACAUCUACUUGACAUAAAACGAUAGAUGUGGGUUCCUUUUUUAAUAACUUUGUACCAAAGGCUGGUUUCUUACGCAUUUACUUGAUUUGAAAAUUAAAUGGAUUGUUUGUAAUGGCAUUUCUUUUUGUCUGUCCGCCCACUGCUGUUGUUUCCCAAACAAAUGAUGUUAAACCUCAUCCACGAGGGCCUGCUUUUUUUUUUUUUUUUUUUUGCUUAACAUACUUAAUGAUGCUUAUAAAAGAAAAGAAAAGCCUUUUUUCUACUUUUACUAAUUCUGAAUGGUCACAUAUCAGGACAUUACUCAGCUGAGUAGUUCAGUUUUUUUGAGUCACAGUGAUGAAUCAUAUGAUGAAGGUGAUGCCUUUGUUGUUCUUUUUGUGUAAUAAACAUAAGGACUUAA